AGACAGUUUUUUCAUGCACUGCAGCGUCUGUGUUGCAGUGCUGAGGCGGCAGGAUGCAGAGUGCUGUUCAAGUUUUUCGGUGGAGUCCCUAAAAGGGACAGCUUUGAAACACAGCUUCUAAAGAAUAAGAAAUAGGAGGAGGUACAGUACCUGAUUUGGGACUGCUCUUAAUCAAGUGCUGCACAGCAAGGAAGAUAAUUUUCAAGCGUUAUGAAGGCGGAGAAGGAUCCCGAAGACGAAGAAAAUAUUGUUAGAGAUCCAAGCUAAGUGUAGCACAGCAUGAAGAUCGUAGAACAGGAAGAGCUGUAAAGAGAGGGACGGAGUUACUUGUUAGGAGUUGGUCUCAGGGCUUGCUUUGUGAGCUACAGAGAUUUGUAACAACGCGAAGUGGUUUGCUGUUAGCAACAAGAAGCUAAAUCCUGUCUAUGAUGAACUGUUGGUUUUCUUGUGCUCCUAAGAACAGACAUGCAGCAGAUUGGAGCAAAUAUGAUGACCGAUUGAUGAAAGCAGCAGAAAGGGGAGAUGUAGAAAAAGUGUCCUCAAUCCUUGCUAAAAAGGGAGUCAGUCCAGGCAAACUAGAUGUGGAAGGCAGAUCUGCCCUUCAUGUUGUGGCAUCAAAGGGGAAUCUGGAGUGUUUGAAUGCCAUCCUUAUACAUGGAGUUGACAUUACAACCAGUGACACUGCCGGAAGAAAUGCUCUUCACUUGGCUGCGAAGUAUGGACAUGCAUUGUGUCUACAAAAACUUCUACAGUACAAUUGUCCCACUGAACAUGUGGACCUGCAGGGCAGAACUGCACUUCAUGAUGCAGCUAUGGCUGACUGUCCUUCUAGCAUACAGCUGCUUUGCGACCAUGGGGCCUCGGUGAAUGCCAAAGAUGUAGAUGGGCGGACACCACUUGUUCUGGCUACUCAAAUGUGCAGGCCAACAAUAUGUCAACUGCUGAUAGAUAGAGGGGCGGAUAUUAAUUCCAGAGACAAACAAAACAGAACUGCUCUCAUGCUAGGUUGCGAGUACGGUUGCAAAGAUGCAGUAGACGUCUUAAUUAAAAAUGGUGCUGAUGUAAGCUUGCUGGAUGCCCUUGGCCAUGAUAGUUCUUACUAUGCAAGAAUUGGUGACAAUCUGGACAUUCUAACCUUAUUGAAGACUGCAUCGGAAAAUACCAACAAAGGGAGAGAACUUUGGAAGAAAGGACCAUCUUUACAACAGCGAAAUUUGACACACGUGCUAGAUGAAGUAAAUAUGAAGUCAAACCAGAGAGAGCAUCAAAACAUUCAGGAUCUGGAGAUUGAAAAUGAAGAUUUGAAAGAGAGGUUGAGAAAAAUUCAGCAAGAACAGAGAAUAUUAUUGGAUAAAGUCAAUGGUUUACAACUACAGCUGAAUGAGGAAGUAAUGGUUGCUGAUGAUCUGGAAAGUGAGAAAGAAAAGCUGAAGUCCCUUUUGGCAGCUAAAGAAAAGCAACAUGAAGAAAGCCUGAGAACUAUUGAGGUUCUGAAAAAUAGAUUUAAAUAUUUUGAGAGUGAUCAUUUAGGAUCAGGAAGUCAUUUCAGUAACCGAAAAGAAGAUAUGCUUCUUAAACAAGGUCAAAUGUACAUGCCAGACUCACAGUGUACUUCCCCAAGUAUGCCAGCCCAUAUGCAAAGCCGAUCCAUGUUAAGACCACUGGAGCUAUCAUUACCCAAUCAAACCUCAUAUUCCGAAAAUGAAAUUUUAAAGAAAGAGUUAGAAGCAAUGAGAACUUUCUGCGAUUCAGCAAAACAAGACCGACUCAAGCUCCAAAACGAACUGGCUCACAAGGUGGCAGAGUGCAAAGCUUUAGCCUUAGAAUGUGAAAGGGUCAAGGAGGAUUCAGAUGAACAGAUAAAGCAAUUAGAAGAUGCAUUAAAAGAUGUGCAGAAGAGAAUGUAUGAGUCAGAAGGUAAAGUGAAGCAAAUGCAGACGCAUUUUCUUGCCCUUAAAGAGCACCUCACAAGUGAAGCAGCGACAGGGAAUCACAGGUUAACGGAGGAACUGAAGGAUCAGCUGAAAGACAUGAAAGCAAAGUAUGAAGGUGCUUCAGCAGAAGUGGGAAAAUUAAGAAACCAAAUCAAACAAAAUGAGAUGUUGGUAGAAGAGUUUAAGAGGGAUGAAGGCAAGCUGGUAGAGGAAAAUAAGCGAUUGCAGAAGGAGUUUAGUAUGUGUGAAAUGGAGCGAGAGAAGAAAGGAAGAAAGGUUACAGAAAUGGAAGGCCAGUUAAAAGAAUUGUUAGCAAAGUUGGCCCUUUCCAUUCCUACAGAAAAGUUUGAAAACAUGAAGAGCUUAUUAUCAAAUGAAGUAAAUGAGAAGGCAAAAAAAUUAGUGGAGAUGGAAAGAGAAUAUGAAAAAUCACAUGGUGAAAUUAGACAGUUAAAGAGAGAACUUGAGAAUUCUAAGGCCAAGCUUGCUCAGCAUGUCAAACCAGAGGAACAUGAACAGCUCAAGAGCAGAUUAGAGCAAAAAUCAGGAGAACUUGGGAAGAAGGUCACUGAAUUAACAUCAAAAAAUCAGACGUUACAAAAGGAAAUUGAAAAGGUGUAUCUGGAUAAUAAGCUCCUUACCCAGCAAGUACAUAACCUAACAAUAGAAAUGAAAAAUCAUUACGUUCCUUUAAAAGUUAGUGAAGAAAUGAAAAAGUCACAUGAUGUAAUUGUUGAUGAUUUGAAUAAAAAGCUUUUAGAUGUCACACAAAAAUAUACAGAAAAGAAGUUGGGAAUGGAGAAAUUGCUAAUGGAAAAUGACAGCUUAAGUAAGAAUGUUAGCCGCAUGGAAUCUGUGUUCGUACCUCCUGAGAAACAUGAAAAAGAGAUAAUGGCUCUGAAAUCCAAUAUUGUUGAACUUAAAAAACAGCUCACUGAACUUAAUAAAAAAUGUGGGGAAGACCAAGAAAAGAUAUAUUCACUCAUGUCUGAAAAUACCAACUUGAAAAAGACUGUGAGUCAUCAAUGUGUGCCAGUUAAGACCCACGAAGAGAUUAAAACUGCAUUGAGUAGCACAUUAGAUAAAACUAACAAAGAGUUAUUAGAUGUGAAGAAAAAGUUUGAAGAUAUAAAUCGAGAAUUUGUAAAAAUAAAAGAUGAGAAUGAAAUAUUAAAAAGAAACCUGGAAAAUACUCAGAACCAAAUAAAAGCUGAGUAUAUCAGCCUAAAAGAGCAUGAGGAAAAGAUGAGCACUGUAGGUGAGAGCCUGAAAAAUGUGCAGGCUAACAGUGCUGAAAUACUGGCUGACUACCGAAAAGGCCAAGAAGAGAUUGUGACGCUCCAUGCUGAAAUUGAAGCCCAGAAAAAGGAACUUGACACAAUACAUGAAUGCAUUAAGCUAAAAUACGCUCCGAUUGUCAGCUUUGAAGAGUGUGAGAGAAAAUUUAAAGCAACAGAGAAAGAACUAAAAGAGCAGUUAUCAGAGCAGACACAGAAGUAUAAUGUCAGGGAAGAAGAGGCCAGGAAGUACAAGCAGGAGAAUGACAAGUUAAAGAAGGAGAUUCUCACUCUGCAGAAGGAUUUAAAGGAUAAGAGUGUGCUCAUUGAGAAUUCACAUGAAAUGGAAAGAACAUUAAGCAGAAAAACAGAAGAGCUGAACAAACAGUUAAAAGACCUGUCACAGAAACACACAGAAGUAAAGAACGAGAGAGAGAAGCUAAUAGAAGAAAAUGCCAAACAGACUUCUGAGAUCCUUGCAGCACAAACUCUUUUGCAAAAACAGCAUGUUCCAUUGGAACAGGUUGAGGCCCUGAAAAAAUCUCUUAAUGGCACAAUUGAGACUCUAAAGGAAGAACUGAAGAAUAAGCAAAGGUGUUAUGAGAAAGAGCAGCAGACUGUGACCAAACUGCAGCAGAUGUUGGAGAAUCAGAAGAACUCUUCUGUGCCCCUGUCAGAGCAUUUGCAGAUUAAGGAAGCCUUUGAGAAAGAAGUUGGAAUCAUAAAAGCUAGCUUGAGAGAAAAGGAAGAAGAAAGCCAAAACAAAACUGAAGAAGUCUCCAAACUCCAGUCUGAGGUUCAGAAUACUAAACAAGCAUUGAAAAAACUAGAGACUAGGGAGGUAGUUGAUUUGUCUAAAUAUAAAGCAACGAAAAGUGAUUUGGAGACCCAGAUUUCCAACUUAAAUGAAAAAUUGGCCAAUCUGAAUAGAAAGUAUGAAGAAGUAUGUGAGGAGGUUUUGCAUGCCAAAAAGAAGGAACUAUCUGCCAAAGAUGAGAAGGAAUUACUACAUUUCAGCAUCGAGCAAGAAAUCAAGGAUCAGCAGGAACGAUGCGAUAAGUCCUUAACAACAAUCACCGAGUUACAGAGAAGAAUACAGGAAUCGGCUAGACAAAUCGAAGCUAAAGAUAAUAAGAUAACCGAACUGCUGAAUGAUGUGGAAAGACUAAAACAGGCGCUCAGUGGCCUUUCACAACUCACCUACACGAGCGGGAGUCCCAGCAAGAGACAGAGCCAGCUGAUCGACACCCUGCAGCACCAGGUGCAGUCCCUGCAGCAGCAGCUGGCUGAUGCCGACAGACAGCACCAAGAAGUAAUUGCAAUUUAUCGGACACACCUUCUUAGUGCUGCACAGGGUCACAUGGAUGAAGACGUGCAGGCAGCCUUACUCCAGAUCAUACAAAUGCGGCAGGGGCUUGUGUGCUAGCGGUCAGCGCUGGCCAGCCAGUGUCUGCUUUCCCUGCUGGGGCUGAGCGUUCUGUGUGCACCUCCAUGGCCUUUCUGGCCUUACUGUGCUAGUAUAAUUAAAAUAAAAUAUAUUUUGUUCCAUCA